GGCGGGUCCCGCGCUCCCGCCCUCCCUCAGGGCAGCGCCCGGGCGGCCCUGCCCGCGCCGCCGCGUCACUUCCGCCCCGCGCCGUGGCAACGGCGGCAGCCAGGGCGGGCGGGAAAGAGGCGGCGGCGCCGGCAUGGCUGAAGUGGAGGAAACCCUCAAGAGGAUCCAGGCCCACAAGGGGGUCGUCGGCACUAUCGUUGUGAACGCGGAAGGAAUUCCAAUCAGAACAACUCUUGAUAACUCUACAACAGUCCAGUAUGCAGGUCUUCUUCAUCAGCUCACCAUGAAAGCUAGGAGCACAGUGAGAGAUAUUGAUCCUCAGAAUGAUCUAACCUUUCUUAGGAUCAGAUCAAAGAAACAUGAAAUCAUGGUAGCUCCAGAUAAGGAGUAUCUCCUGAUCGUUAUUCAGAACCCCUGCGAGUAGUCCUACUACAGCAAUAUUUUUAGAGACAGCGAAGUAGCUUUACUUUUUAAACUAAUAUUCUUUACUGCUAUUUAAUAUCAAACAUACCACUGAGUAAUUUUCAUAAUGUGUAACUGUCAUGACUGAAAUGUUGCUAAAUUAAAAUUUUCAGUUGUAGCUAUAUCAAUUUCUGCUUGAGCAAAACAUAAUGCACAUAUUAAAAUAUUGUAUGUUUAUCUUGGUACUCAGAAGAGCAAUAAUAAAGCAAAAUGCUUAAAACUCCUUUUAAAAGGA